CCAAUGCGGUGUUGCUAGAACUGCGGUCUACCGGGUAAUCUCAACUGUAGAAAGUCUCUGGCAGCCAAGCCGCUGGCUUGACUGUGCAAAAGACGGCAAGGAGCGACCGACCGGCGGGGGAGGCAGGAGCUGCGAAGGAGAGGACGGGAGCAGUUUGAGUCCUUGUCCCGCAUUUGGAAUAAGCGAGACUUUGAAUUCCCUUUUGACGGCUGAAGAAACAUAUCCGUAACCUUCAAAGAGGACUUUUUUUAAACUGACUGUUGGGAGUCCUUGAAGCCGCCGCCGCUUGGAACUGUGAAGAAACUACAGAGAUAUUCGGCUUCUGGACCGAAGAAUGGGAUUUAACGAACAUAUCAGUCAGUGAGUUGUUAAAAAAGAGAUAAAGAAGGGUUUAUAUAUUUCAAUUGUGUCGUAAGGAGUGUUUUCGCAAGGGGUGGACGUUCGAAAAUCGUGGAAACAUGGCAACUCCUGGGAAAAAGAGGCAAACGAUGGCAUUUGGGAAGGCAGAAAAGUAAGGUUAGCUCCCUGGUUAGCCGGAAAGCUAACCUAGCUAGCAGCUCACUAAGCCUGUGUUGCCCUUCCAUUCCUGGAGCAGAGGAGGGGCGCUGGGGCUUUUGUAGCAUUGCAGAUCCGCCUUGUGUGUUUUCAGGGAUUGCUGGAAGAAUGAAGAAAUAUCCGCCGCAGUCCCAACUCUGGGAGGUCUGCUGAUAAAAGAAAAUAUAAAUAAAAUCCCCCCAAGAAAACCACCAGUUAGCAUUGCGAUCUCCUUAACCAAAUCUGCCGGCCUGGGGCAGUUCGGCUCCCUUAUUUGUGACUUCUUGUUUUCUUAUGUACCCCGUAGGGGUAUUAAAAUGGGCAGCUGUUUGCACUCACCCCAAAACAUAAAAACAAAUAGAAAUGUGGACUUUUAGGCGACAUUAGCCCCAAGAAAAGUUUUUUAAACACAUUUUUCCCGAGACAUCCUCAAGGUGAGAGAACUUCUUCACAGGCCCCUCUGCGCCACGCAGGCCGAGGAGGUGUUUGCUCCCCUUUUUUCCCCUCCGACUCCCCUCCCCAGCAUCAUUACUUCAACAAGCCGGAGCGAUCAUGUCGGGAGAGGUGCGUUUGAAGAAGCUGGAGAAGCUGAUCCUGGACGGACCAGCCCAGGCUAAUGGCCAGUGUUUGAGCGUGGAGACGCUGCUGGACAUCCUGGUGUGCCUCUACGAUGAGUGCAACAACUCCCCCCUCAGAAGGGAGAAAAACAUCCUGGAGUUUCUGGAUUGGGCCAAACCAUUCACCUCCAAGGUGAAGCAGAUGCGCCUCCACAAAGAAGACUUUGAGAUACUUAAAGUGAUUGGACGAGGCGCCUUUGGAGAGGUUGCUGUGGUAAAAGGGAAAAACACCGACAAAGUAUUCGCCAUGAAGAUCCUCAACAAAUGGGAGAUGUUGAAGCGAGCAGAGACUGCGUGUUUUCGGGAGGAGCGAGACGUGCUGGUAAACGGAGACUGCCAGUGGAUCACCACCCUGCACUACGCCUUCCAGGAUGACAAUAAUCUGUACCUGGUUAUGGACUACUACGUGGGCGGGGACCUGCUGACUCUCCUCAGCAAGUUUGAGGACCGUUUGCCUGAAGAUAUGGCCAAGUUCUACCUGGCUGAAAUGGUGCUGGCCAUUGAUUCUGUCCACCAGCUACACUAUGUGCACAGGGACAUCAAGCCGGACAACAUUCUGCUGGAUAAGAAGGGUCACAUCCGCCUGGCAGACUUCGGCUCCUGCCUUAAACUCAUGGAGGACGGAACUGUCCAGUCCUCGGUAGCAGUGGGAACUCCAGACUACAUUUCCCCCGAGAUCCUUCAGGCCAUGGAGGAUGGAAAAGGAAAGUACGGCCCUGAGUGCGACUGGUGGUCUCUGGGCGUCUGCAUGUAUGAAAUGCUGUACGGCGAGACUCCUUUCUAUGCAGAGUCCCUGGUGGAAACCUACGGGAAGAUCAUGAACCACAAGGAGCGAUUCCAGUUCCCGCAGCAGCUAACCGACGUGUCAGAGGAAGCCAAGGAUCUGAUUCGCCGGCUCAUUUGCAGUCGGGAGCACAGGCUGGGCCAGAACGGCAUUGAGGACUUCAAGCAGCACCCCUUCUUCUCUGGCAUUGACUGGGACAACAUCCGUACCUGUGAAGCCCCCUACAUCCCAGAAGUCAGCAGUCCCACAGAUACCUCCAACUUCGACGUCGAUGACGACUGUCUAAAAAACUCUGAGACCAUGCCUCCUCCAUCGCACACGGCCUUCUCCGGUCACCAUCUGCCCUUUGUUGGUUUCACCUACACAAGUAAAUGCACCCUGUCAGACCGGGGUUGCCUGCGGCAGCUCUCGGGGGAGCGGGGUCAGACGGGGGAGGACCAGGUGGACCUGGCCAUGCAGCGCAGCCUGGAGGACAGCCUGGCCACCGAGGCCUACGAGAGGAGGAUACGGCGGCUGGAACAGGAGAAGACAGAGCUGAGCCGCAAGCUGCAUGAGUCGACGCAAACAGUUCAGGCGCUGCAGCAUCCGGCCGCUGAGAGUCCCCUCAGCUCCACCAAGGAGGUGGAGAUAAGAAGCCUAAAGACUGAGAUCGAAAUCCUCAAGAAACAGAUUGCAGAGUCAGGCCAACUGGAGAAGAAGCUGGAGGAUGUGACGUCGACUCGCAGGGACCUGGAGGAUUCAUCUAAACACGUCAGGACUCUGGAGAAACAGCUGAAGAGCCUGACCCAAGAGAAGGACGAGCUGCAGAAGGACCUGGUGGAGGCCAGCGAGAGGCUGAAGUCUCAGUCCAAGGAGCUGAAGGAAGCUCACAGCCAGAGGAAGGUGGCCAUGCAGGAGUUUUCUGAGCUCAACUCAACACUGACGGACCUGCGGUCUGCAAAGCAGCGCCUCACUCGACAGCUGCGCGACAAAGAGGAGGAGAUGGAAACGCAGAGUCAGAAGGUUGAGGCUCUCCGCCUUGAGGUGCGAAAGGCUGAGAGGGCUAAGAAGGAGGUGGAGGUGCUGGCAGAGGAACAUGCAGCCGAGGCUCAGAAGGAGAAGAAGAUCAGGGAGCGGAAUGAGCAGUACAGCAGGCAGCUGGAGGAGGAGCUGGAAGGCCUGAAGUCGAAGCAGUCCGGCUCCUCGGUCACGGCGGCCGCAGCGGACCAGACGCAGGAGGUGGGCCACCUGCGCGGAGAGAUGGAGAAGAAAACGCUCCUAUACGAGGAGGAGCUGGCUCGAAGGGAGGCGCAGCACAACGCCGAGCUGAAGGUCCUACGGAAGGAGCUGAGAGACGCCGAGAGCCAGCAGCUCACCCUGCAGAAGGAGAUCCUGAUGCUCAAAGACAAGCUGGACAAGGCUCGCCGCCAGAGUGAUGACUCAGUGAGCCAAAAUGAGCGAGAAGAGUACGAGAGAGAACGAGUUCUGCUCACGGAGGAGAACAAGAAGCUGUCCAGUGAACUAGACAAGCUGAGCACCAUGUUUGAGAAAGUGAGCAGCUCCCACCGCAAUCUGGAGGACGAGAUGAAGGAGCAGACUGACAAAAAUGAGAGCAUGGCCCACUGGGAGGCGCAGAUCACAGAAAUCAUCCAAUGGGUGAGUGAUGAGAAGGACGCUCGAGGUUACCUUCAAGCUCUGGCCACUAAGAUGACGGAGGAACUGGAGGGGUUGAAGAACACCAGCCUUGGAGCCAGAGCCACAGACAUGCCUUGGAAGAUGCGACGCUUAGCCAAGCUGGACAUGUCGGCGCGGCUGGAGCUGCAGUCCGCUCUGGACGCCGAGAUUAAAGCCAAACAAGCCAUCCAGGACGAGCUGACCCAAGUCAAGGCCAACUGUUUUUCCACUGAAGGGAAACUGCAGGACCUGGAGAGUAAAAACAAGGAGCUCCUGACUGAGAUCGAGCGUCUAAAGAAGGAGACGGAGGAGCUGCGGCUCAGAAGAGGUGUCAAGCACCAGGAUUCCCAGAAUUCCUUCUUGGCUUUUCUUAACGCCCCCACCUCGGCCCUCGACCAGUUCGAUCGCUCGCCGUCCGUCGGUCCGGGUAGCAAAGGCAGACGUGUGGACUCUGUGGACAAUUUCACCCCGUCCAACACGCCGUCCCGGGACGAUGACCCCAAGUCCCUCAUCAAGUCCCGCUCGCGCUCACCCUCCAUGGCCAGCGAUAUGGAGCCCAUAGAGCUGAUCGACCAUCCGCCCCGCUCGGUGCAGACCCCCACCAUGCGCUCGGGGGGUUAUGGCAGCAUAGGGCGCUGUUCGCCCAAGCCCAAAGCACAUCAGUUUGUGGUGAAGUCCUUCAGCACCCCAACAAAGUGUAACCAGUGCACCUCGCUCAUGGUGGGGCUCAUCCGGCAAGGCUGCAUGUGUGAAGUGUGUAACUUCUCCUGUCAUGUGACCUGUGCGGACAAAGCUCCGGCCGUGUGUCCCGUCCCCCAGGACCAGACCAAGGGGUCGCUGGGAAUCGACCCCCAAAGAGGCAUCGGCACCGCCUACGAAGGCUACGUCAGGGUGCCCAAACCCACCGGGGUGAAGAAGGGCUGGCAGAGGGCGAUGGCUGUGGUCUGUGACUUCAAGCUCUUUCUCUAUGAACUGGGAGAAGGAAAGGCGGCGCAGCCGAGCGUCAUCGUCAGCCAAGUCAUUGAUAUGAGGGACGAAGAGUUUUCCGUCAGCUCUGUCUUGGCGUCAGACGUCAUCCACGCCAGCCGCAAAGACAUUCCCUGCAUCUUCAGAGUGACCGCCUCGCACCUCACCGCCUCCAGCAGCCAAAAAACCUCCAUCCUCAUGCUGGCAGACAGUGACCAGGAGAGAACCAAGUGGGUGGGGCUCCUCAGUGAACUCCACCGCAUCCUCAAGAAAAACAAGCUGAAGGACCGCUUCGUCUACGUCCCGAAGGAGGCCUACGACAGCACGCUGCCGCUCAUCAAGGGGACCCAGUCUGCUGCUAUCAUAGAUCACGAGCGAGUGGCAUUGGGCAACGAGGAAGGCCUUUUCGUCAUCCAUGUCACCAAAGAUGAAAUCAUACGGGUGGGCGACAACAAAAAGGUUUACCAGAUUGACCCCAUCCCCCAGGAGCACCUGCUGGCUGUCAUCUCGGGCAAGAACCGCCACGUCCGCCUCAUCCCCAUGGUGGCCCUGGACGGACGCGAGACCGAUUCCCAGAAACUGGUCGAAACCAAGGGCUGCCAGAGGAUCGCGUCCGGUCCGGUCCGAAACAGCUCGCUUAUGUGCCUCUGUGUGGCCAUGAAGACUAAGAUCAUCUGCUAUGAGGUGAAUAGGAGUAAAGCGCAUUACCGCCGGCUGCGAGACGUUCAAGCCCCUGCGCCCAUUCAGUGGAUGGGUCUGUUUGGAGAUCGCCUCUAUGUGGGGUACCAGUCAGGCUUCGUACGCUACAGCAUCCCUGACAACAUGGCCAUGGUGAGCCUCCUCCACCCCGAGGACCACACGCUGGCCUUCAUCCCGCAGCAGAACCUGGAGGCGCUGUGCGCCGUGGAGAUCUCCAGCAAAGAGCUGUUGCUCUGCUUCAGCUCCAUCGGGGUGUACGUGGACUCGCACGGUCACCGCUCACGCCAGCAGGAGCUCAUGUGGCCGGCCACACCCAAUGCUGCCUGCUACAACGCCCCCUACCUGUCAGUGUACAGCGAGAACGCUGUGGACGUGUUUGACGUCAACACCAUGGAGUGGAUCCAGACCAUUCCUCUCAAAAAGGUGCGACCUCUGAAUGUGGACGGCUCCCUGAACCUGCUGGGCCUGGAAACUGUGCGCCUCAUCUACUUCAGAAACAAGAUGGCCGAGGGCGAUGAGCUGGUGGUUCCGGAGACGUCGGACCAGAGCAGGAAGCAGAUGGUGCGGAGCAACAACAACAAGAGGAGAUUCUCAUUCCGAGUGCCUGAGGAGGAGCGCCUUCAACAGAGGAGAGAGAUGCUGCGAGACCCAGAGAUGAGGAACAAGCUGAUCUCCAACCCCACCAACUUCAACCACGUGGCCCACAUGGGACCAGGAGACGGGAUCCAGAUCCUCAAAGACCUGCCCAUGAACCUCCGUGUUCAGGAGAGCCGCCCGGGAUUCAGCGGUUCCGCCAGCAUCGCCUCCAUCACCAAGAACCGGGGGGAGCCGGGCCGCUCCAUGAGCGCCAGCAGCGGACUGGGCAUACGCUCGUCCUCCCAGAACGGCAGCGCUCUGCGGCGGGAGCUGUCGGGAGGAAGCUACGGGUCCAAACGGCAGACCAUGACGUCUCCCUCGGAGAGCUCCCUGUCCUCUGGAGGAGGGAUGGACUGCGGCGACGCUCCUCUCUCGCAGUUUGACAGAGAGGACUCGGACUCCCCCCGCCACUCCACAGCCUCCAACAGCUCUACCUUCAGCAGCCCCCCCAGCCCAGCGUCCCCACAUAAGACCAAGUCCCUCUCCCUGGAGAGCACGGACAGAACCGGGUGGGACACAUGAGCCCCCCCUUUCCCUGAUCCCCUAAACUCCUCCCACCCAUCCAGCCCAGCAGCUCAGGACUCCACCCCCCCUCCACAGUCCUCACAGCCCACAGAACUGCACCUUCCACCUCCUUCCUGCUCCACCCAAAUGCGUUCUUCCACGAACACCGCCAGCGGGCGGUCUCUAUGAGGGCGGGGCCAUCGUAAAGCAGAGGUGUCGCAACCCCCCCCCUCUCCACCCUGAUGCAAAAGAAGAGGAUUUAUACUUGUAUAUAGGACCAUUCGGGGCUUCGGGGGACGAUUUUAAUUUAUUUCCCAGAAGGGGAGGCAGAAGGGUGGACCUCCACCCCCCUCCCUCACUUCCUCCAGUUGCUUUUUUCGGGGUGCAGCAAAAAAAAGGAGUGCUUCAAAAAAAAAAAAAAAAAAGAUUUUUAUUUGUAUUUUGCUCAUAAGUGCAGUGACUUUAUAAUAUUUUUAAUUUUCUCCGUCAAACUGACAUCACAGCUCUGCUCGGUCAUGGGGGGUCACCGCCCUCCGUCGUAGCGUUCUACUAUGCUGUACAACCAAACCCACACUCCUCCCAUCACCAGUGUACAUAGGUUCAAAGUAGAGAGUAAUAUAUGAUAAGGAAAAUACUAUAGAGAGCGACACGAUGAAUCCUCCUUCUGUUUGUGGAGAUUUUGUUUUCAGACACAAAAGCCAUUUUUAACCACUUGUGUGUUUUUGUUGUUCCUCUCUUUUUUUUUUUUUAAGAUGUGUUUUUUAUUUCUCCCUCACGUCUUUGUUUGAAAGAAGCUCCGCCUCCUUUUUGUGCAGAAUGUUUGCUCACUACAAGAAGACACUAAAACCAGAAUGUAAACCACUCGAUGGAAGCAGACGAAGCCUCUUCAUCCUGAUCAAGCCGCUGAGUCGAAGCAGAAUCGCUGAUCGUAACAUCAGGGGAAAAAAUAAAAACUAAAAAAAGAAAAAGCACAUUCUGCUCCGUGUUGUUGCACUUUUAAACCCAGGCCCGGUUCAUUCCUCUGUAACCAACAUAUUAAGGGAAGCAACUGUAAACCCAUUCCAAUUGAUGCUUUUUUAAAAUGGAUUUCUAAGCUGAUUUUUACUCCAACUUUUAUCCCCUUGGAUGGAACGGUUCAGAUGUUUGGAGUGUGAGGGCCUUGAAGCUGGCUGUGACGAAGGGCGACGGCUGAAGUGCCACAAGAUCCGAACUUCAAACGCCUUUACAUUUCAGUGAGGUCUUAUCUACAGUACCUUCUAUAUUAUUUUUGCUCUUUCAUAUCACUACACCUGUGUUUUUUUUUAGAAUUGCUUUGUAAUAAUUUGUACAGUUUUGCAUGUUAUAGUUGUAAUCAUCGUUUUUUGUUUUGUUUUUUUCGGUUUUACUUUAUGGGCGUUUAUUUGUUUUUUGAGGAUAACCCACUACAGGCGAUGUAGAUUCUUUUGCACAAAAAAUAUUUAAGGUGUAAGGUCAAAACAAACAAAAAAAACAAUGUAUGAAACUGGUUGCCACGGCGAUGUGGAGAACUCAUUAUAUUAACCCAACUCCGGUGUAUUUCAAUAAAGCGGAGGGCUGUUACAAACAC